AUGCGUCGUGACCCCCCGCGGGGGCCCAAGGCUCUCAUCGACGGGCCAAGCGGUCCCCGUGGUGGCUUUGGAGGAGACUUCCGUGGCGGUCGCGGUCGCGGCAGGGGCCGCCCCUGGCCGGCUCGCGAUGACAGCAGAGAGCGGGGCAGGGAGAGGGAUAUCGAUUUUCGCGAACGUUAUCGCGACGAUCGAAGCCGCGACCGCGACAGAGACCGCGACCGCGACAGGGAUAGAGACUGGCGCGACCGAGAUUUUGCCCGCAGACGCUCCCCUAUCGGACGACCCAGAUCACCCAACCGAGACUUUCGAGAUCGUGACCGCGAUGCACCACCCCCUGUAGAUGUUGAACGACCUCGUCGGGGAUCUCGCGACGCUGGCCCCCCAUCGGCUGGAUCUGCUGCCUCCGACCCGCCCUUUGGUGGCCCUCCUUUCGCUCGUGGAGGCGGCUUUAUGAGAGGUCGCGGCAGAGGGGCCAGGGGCGAUUGGGGCCCUGACCGAGGCAGAGGCCGCACUCCUUACGAUGACCGCAAUGAUCGUUAUCCCCGAAGCCGGUCUCAGGAGGGCCGCUGGGGUAGGGAUCGCGAUGAUCGAGACAGAGGAGACCGCUAUCCCGAAGAUAGCCGCCGAGAUAUUCGUGAUGACCGUGACCGGCUUGAUAGAGAACACCUUCGCGGCAAACCCGAUACCCGUACGCCUAACCCUGCAGAGUCGACACCACAAUCCCGCGACGUUUCUCCCCCACCCGUCGCGCCCUCUGCCCCAGCAUUUGGCUCCGUUCCAAACAGAGGAUCAAUGUCUGUGGACAGCUCCGGCAAACCGCCUUCUAUGCCUCGUGCACACAGCGAUCGCCCACCUUCCUCCGGCCACUUGGGGCCCGAGAGUCCUUCCUUGAGCUUGCGCGGCCCUCCCCCAGGUCCCGGUCGACAUUUCGGUAGAAGAAUACCCGAAUCACCGAAGGCUAUGCGAUCGCAAACGUUUGCGUAUGGAGGAGACUAUUCUGAGCAACGACGCCCCCGUAGCAGCGGGGCAAACUCUGAAUCUGUCACUGGCACGGACAACCGAUCGCGGUCCAAUUAUAGCGCCGAACCAGGCGAGAUUGUUAAGAGCGAAAAUGAGAUGCAUGAUGCCAAACCGCCAGCAGCCGAUCUGGAUGAAGGCGAGCUUCCGCAGGACGAAACACCAGCCGCUCAGAAGCUUGACACUAAGCCAGUGCCACCACGCAAUAUGCGGAAGCGCAAGCGACCCGUCGUAGGUGUUGUUCGAUUUGGUCUCCCACCGAAAGCUUCAAAAGACGACGACUCCGAAUCCGACGACGAUGAGGACAUGGCCGACUACUUUGACAUGGAGAUCAGCAAAACUGAAUCCGAAUUGAGCAAACUCCAGAGGCCAGGCUUGCCACUUCAAGUCCUUGCGCGCUAUGCUUCUCUUUCCCAUGGCUCUAUGGUCAAGAUACUGAAUGACGGUGAAGAACUAAGCAAGAUGGUUGGCAAAUCGCCGGAAGAUGUCUCAACCGCCUCUACAAGCGAAGAGAAGCAGGCGGCUGGGCCCAUUCAGGAGGAUCCCGGUGUAACAGAACCACAAUCGAAGCCAGAAGAGGACAUUCACAUCGUUGGCGACGUUCUGGUCGCGUCAGAGACGCAUGAGCCACCUGUCCUGCCCGUGACUGAAACUCUAGAGACUGCGGUCAAAACGAGGGAGCCAGAGCCAGAGCCGAAGCCGGAGCCGGAGCCGAAAGCAGAGCCGGAGUCGGUGCCAAAGCCAGAGCCAGAGCCAGAGCCAGAGCCGGGGCCGGAGCCGGAGCCAGCGCCGGAGCCAGAAGUGGAAACGGAGCCGGAGACGGAACCGAAGUGGGAACCAAAGUCCCAGCCGAGGCUUGAGCAGCCAGCUAUCGUCCCGCCGCCGGCUUCUGAGACCGACAAACCUACAAAGGAACCUGAGCUCGAACCCGAACCUGAAGUCAACGGAAGCGUUCAAGCUAUAAACCUGAAUCCCGAAGAGUCUGAGACUAUCGAACCUCCAGUGCCCAUGGAAACAACCGAGACGAGUUCAAAGGUCCCCAGCACACCAUCUCAGGUUGCGGAUGAUGAGACCGAAUCCGAGGACGACGUAUUACUGGAUGUCAAUGCAAUCCGUCAAUACAUGGCCACUCCUCCGCCCGACAGCUUGCCGAAUUUUUCGACAAAGCCCUGGGAUAAAGACACCGAGUUUUUGGCAAAGCUUAACACUGACCCUGAGACCGACAGCUAUGUAGCACAGCACAUGAGUAAAGUGCAUCUGGAUACAGACCAGGAGGAAAACGAGCAGCGCCAUGUGUACGCUGACAACUAUAUGCACUACCUCGAAUUCACCACCUCCAGCGAUCCGGUUGCAGUCAAGAGCCGAGACAAGUUUUCCGUUACGAUGCCCAUCCCGGAACCUGCAACCGCUGCGACGCCUGAACCUAGGCCAGAGGGUCGUACCUCGGGGCGCCGCUUCGCAUCUGAGCGAGAUCUUGAGCGAGUUCUCCAGGCCUCGAUGCGUGAAGACGAGGAGCGAAAGGAGCGAGAACUACGAAUACAAAAAGAGAAGUACCGCAGCGAGAAAGAGGCCGAUAUUCCUAGCAUGUACUGGAACGCAGAAGAACGCCAAACGGUGCAGUUCUGGGACCACUCGGGAUAUGUUCCCCAAGACAGGCUAGUGUCUGCUUGGCAGGUUCUUGCGCCGGCGAACAACUUUACUCCCGAAGAAGCAGAGCUUUUCGAGAAGCGAUACCUGGAACACCCUAAGCAAUGGGGCAAGAUUGCGGAAGUUAUCCCCAAUCGCGACUUUGGUACCUGCAUCCAGUAUUACUAUCUCAUGAAGAAGGACCUCAAUCUUAAGGAGAAGCUGAAGAAGCAGCCCAAAAGACGCAAGAAGGGCCGAGGCAAGCAGCGAUCCAGUGCCCUGGUGUCUGAGCUUGGCAAUGCCGAUCCUGAGACAGAAGACAAUCAGGAAAGCGGCGAGAAUGGUGAGAGACGUCGUCCAAGGCGCGCUGCUGCCCCGACCUGGGGCUUUGAGCAACCGCCCAUCGAUCCUGACAAUUCUACUCCUGCCUCAACUCCGGGGCGCCGUGGCCGAGGCGACGGGGAGAAGGCUGACGGCAGGAGGCGAGGCAGAAAGUCUGCGAAGGAAAGAGAGAAGGAGAAGGAAGCGAAAGAGAAGAAGGCAAAUCAGUCGUUGUCUGCCGCAUCAACUCCUGGGCCCAGCAAGGGACGGCCACGAUCGUCUUCACGUAUGCCCGACGGUCCCGCACAGGCACCCAACGAAAUUCAUCCCGCGAUACCGAAUUUCGAGCAGGCUAUUCCAUCUGGCAUUCAGCCGCCAUUUUCUGUUCACUCGCAACCAAUGACCCCCAUCGAUAGACAGCAGACGCCGGUGGCACCCCCUCCCAUGGCGGAGGUGUUAUCCGCGCCAUCUCUUCGACCAGAGCCGCCGCCACCGCCGCCGCAGCCAGCCAUGGCAACGUUCAAUCUGUCGCAGUCCAGCCAGGAUCGUAAGGCGGCUACGCAAGCAUCCAGUUACUGGAGUGUAUCCGAAUCAAAUGACUUUCCCCUACUGCUCGCUGCAUUUGGAUCUGACUGGAACGGCAUUGCGAACCACAUGGGAUCCAAGACCGCCGUCAUGGUAAAAAAUUAUUUCGUUCGCCAGAAGGACCAGAUCAAGCCCGAACUGGAAGCUAUUGUGAAUGACGCAGAUGCGAAGCGAUUGCGAGGCGAGAAACGACCCGAGCCACCAAUGCCCACCACAGGUGGCCGUGGAAGACGAUACGAUGUACUGCCACCUGCCCCUGGACGUCCCGGGCCCUUUGGAGUGCCACAGGGAAUUGAAAUGCACAAUGAGCCGCCGGCGCCGGCGCCCGUCAAACAGGAUGUUGGGCAGCCAGGCCGUGCGCCGGGAUAUCCCACCUACGGGGUGCCGAUUGCAAAGGCGCCCGCACAGGGUCUUGGGCCGCCUGCAGGGCAGCCCGUCGGCGCCCAAGCGGCGCCACCGCCAGUCGGCCCGCCGCUUUCUCCCUCCCGCACUGGACGUGGACCCCCGCCUGCCUUUGGUUUCCCUGAUCGUGAGCGAGAUGUUCGCGGGUCCUUGGCGCCGAAAGCACCUGUUUCUGGCAGUCCGGACAUCCGAGAUCAGCGAGUUUUGCACGAGCGCCAGAAAGCCGACAUGGCGCUGCGCGAUAGUCACAUGCGAGACCGAGACCGAGACCGGGAUCUUGGUCGUCAGCCGAUGCACGUGAAGCAGGAAGAGAUGCCGCCCCAACAUAGCGUCUACGAGCCCUUUGGCCAUCGCCAACAACCGAGCCUUGGGCAAGUCAGAGGCGAUCCGUUGUCGCUCGGAAGACCUGCAACGACAGAACCGCCGCGCAAUUAUGGACAGGGACCACAGCCUGGGCGAGGGCUCCUUGGCGAUCCUGGCCCAGGCCACUCACCCCCGAUGUCAAGGCCGAUGUCGACCAUGGGAUCACGGCCACCAUCUGGCGAGCUUUACCCUCCCCAUCCUCCUCCGCAAUCGCGUACUCCCGUUCCCGCCGGCGGCCUAGCGAAGCCCUCUGAACCCCGUAAGACGUCUAACAUCAUGUCUCUGCUGAAUGACGACCCUCCACCAGCGCCAAAGCGUGUCAACGAAGUUUCGGCUAGGGCUGUCGCGACGCCGCCGCCACAGCCCAUGUCGCGUCCGCCCCCCGCACAGCAGCCUGCUGCACCCUUACGCCGCGAACCAGAGCCGGCGUACCAUUCUUACGGCCGAAACCCUCCUCCUGCAGCUGCUCCUACAGGCAUGCCUUCGCUCAAGCCCUCGCAGCCUCCGCCAAUGCCAGGAUCGCGGAUGACAAUGGAUGCUCAACCUGAGCGUGAUUAUUAUAGGCCUCACGGUUACCCUUCCGUGCCGCAGAAUACAGCGACAAACUCGCCGCCGACUGCGCCUCAUCGGUAUGCUCCUCCGCCGUCGCAGACAUAUCAGCCCCAGCCCGGCUACCCGGCCCAGUACGGCUCCGCGCCACCUCCGCAUGCAGCAUCACCUCCUCCUCAGUAUUCAGGCCAUGGCCCUCCUAGAGGGAGAGAUCAUGGCCCUCCACCACCGCAGAAUGUGCGAGACUCGGGCUGGCCAACACACCAGCAGCAGCCUCCAGGUAACGGAUGGCAGCAGGCCCCCGGACCUAAGGCGUCACAGGGGCCGCCGCCACCGCAGUCAUGGUCCCCUGCACCACAGCAGUCGCAACCGCCGCCUCACCCUCACGCCGUUAGGGACGAGCGAGUGUACGGAACGCAGCCGAUGCAAAGUCGCUACGCACCGCCGCCAGCAACAACACGGGGACCCGACCCAGGUCCGCCGCCGCCCCAGGCAUCCUACAACCGCUACUCGUCGACGCCGGUGCCUCGUGAUCCGAGAGAGAUGCAGCCGGGCCGAAGCUAUACACCAGUUAGCUAUGACGCCAGAGGACCGCCGCCGCAGCAGCAGCAUCCUCCUCCGCCUGGCCCCGGAGGCUAUCCGCCGCCGGAGUUGCGGGAUACAAGAGAUCCGCGGGAGAUGAUGUCUAGAGGCUUGCGACCUCAAGAGUAUGAUCGACGCCAGGAUCAAUAUAGACGAUGA